AUGAGCGGCACCCAAGGGCCCAAGGCCCUCGUUGCAGGCAUAUCCGGGUGCUCCUCCAGCGGCAAAACCACCCUCGCCCGUCUUCUGCGCGACAUAUUCCCCAGCACCUUCAUCCUCCACCAAGAUGACUUUUACAAGCCCGAGGCCGAGCUGCCCUCCAGAGACGGCCUCAUCGACUGGGACUGCUCCCAAGCCUUAGAUAUUGCCGCCCUGUCCGACGCCCUGUCCCAUAUCCGGCAGCACGCCGUCUUCCCACCCACCCUGGAAUCGAAAGAAGACGACAACUCCGUCGGCCAGUGCCCCGUCGCGGAGUCCACCGUUGCCUCGUUGAAGGCCAGGGUGGACGACGCUCUCCCCGCGUCGCACCCCCUUCGGAGCGGCAAGCUUCGCCUGUGCUUCCUGGACGGAUUCCUGCUGUACUCGCCGUCCAUGGCCGCCCUGCAGGCCCAUUUCGACAUGAAGCUGUUUGUGAGGACGUCGUACGCCAGCGCCAAGGCUCGACGCGAAGCGCGCGACGGCUACGUCACCCUCGAGGGGUUUUGGAAAGACCCCCCUGGCUAUGUGGACAAGAUUGUGUGGCCCAACUACGUACGGGAGCAUGCUUGGAUGUUCGAGCGCGGUGAUGUCGAGGGUGCUUACGACGAGGCGGCUGUGGAAAAGGAGGGGAUUCGGGUGCUGGGGGAGGCGGCGGUUGAUUCGAGUCUGGAGCAGACGCUGGUGUGGAUGGUCGAGUCUGUGCUGGACGAGUUGAAGAAGCAUCAAUGA